AUGCGCCUGACGAGCCCGGCAACGAUGCGCCGGUAUGGCCAGCUCCACGUCGCCGAAGAAGUCCAAAUAUUAGACCUAGACGUCCAAACCCGCUGUGGCCACCGGGGGAAUUCAAGUACCUAUGUGGCGAAAGGAGAUGUCUGCUUUUCUCGGAGCUCCCUCGACGACAUCUUGUCCGCCAUGGUCAUCGUCGUGCCCUGCAAGGAUGAGGAGCUCCAUGUCAUCUGGGGCGUCAUCGCAGCCAUACCUGCGCCCUGUGUCGUCCUUUUAGUCUCCAACUGCCGACGAGCCACCACCAGGGACAACAAGGAAGGAAAGGAAGGGGAGGAGGAGGAUCAGUAUACACAACUGGUGGAAAUGUCCCGGACGUUUGGCGCAUUCGGGAGGCAAGUCCUGACCAUCCACCAAAAGGAUCCCGCAGCGGCCGCGGCCCUGCGAGAGUCGGGUAUGUCGCAGCUGCUCGACUCCGCGGACAAGCGAGUGACACGCAACGGCAAGGGGGAGGGGAUGGUGCUCGGUAUUGCCUUGGCCGAAGCCUUUUACCCGCAGAAGCGUUAUAUCGGGUUCGUCGACGCCGACAACUUCAACCCCUGCUCCGUCGGAGAAUACUGCCAAGCCUUUGCGGCGGGCUUUGCCAUGUCCCGGAGACCGGAGUACGAAGACACCAUUGUCCGGCUCAAGUGGUCCUCCAAGCCCAAGGUCCGCACCGGCGGGACGAUCGAGUUCGUCCCCGAAGGCCGAUGCUCGCGCAUCGUCAACGCGUGGCUCAACCGUUUGUUUGUUCCUUCAUUAGGAGGAGCUCAGCCGCGGGAAACAGCGAGACCAUUCAUCACCACGGGCAACGCGGGCGAGCACGCCAUGACUAUGGCUCUGGCCAGGAAGCUACGGCUGGCGGCCGGCUAUGCCAUUGAGCCGUUUCACUUUGUCGAUCUGCUGGUGCGAGGAUGCCUGGACGGUGGGAUCUCCAUGCAGCGCCUCGACAAGCCUGUCGUGGUGCGUCAGGUCCGAACCCUCAGCCCGCAUUACCACCGCGAGUCUGACGACGAGCACAUACGCAAGAUGUGGGCGGCAGGGCUUGGGUCCAUCUACCACGGGCUUUCCCCUUAUUGCGCCGAGGGCGGGCCCAUUCUAAAACUGUGCGAGGACAUGCGUGCCUAUGCUGUUAACCACAAUGGCAUUGACAAGGCCACGGGAGAGCUUCCGUGUCCGAGGAUCUAUCCACCGGUGCAAACCAUGAAUAUUAGGAGGUUUCGAGACGUGCUUGAAUCAAGCAUAGGGAAGGGGUCAUUCCACGCAUUUGGGCUUAGCGACGACGUGGAGGACUAG